CCUGCUCCGCAGCUCUGUUACUAAUGCAAAACUUGGGUCGUGAGUAGGGACGCCUCUGGAGGCGGCGACAGCCAUGACUUGGAGUGUGCCAAGAGACAGCGCCUGGGCAGGCUGGAUCACUCCUUCCACCCCUCACUCCCCCCCAGCACCCAUGCCCGGCUGCAGGACCCGUCGGGCGACCUCCUUCAGCCACACCCCAGGAAGCCUGCGACCCUCGCCCCGACCUGGGGGCAUCCUUGGGGUUCCCUUCUCCCCACUGCUACACAUACUGGGGAAAACAUCCCAGGAGAACUUGCCCCGACGCUGCACACCCUGGACCGCUUUUUCUCAUCUCCCACCUCCUCGCGGCCCCCAGUGCUAAAAUAGGAACUUCUUCAUCCCUCCCUUCCUUGACGCCAGUAGAGAAGUGUCUGUGUGUGACUCAGUCUGCGCUUGGAGCAGUCCCAGGAAGGGCUCCCGCGCCAUGAGCUUUGGGCUUCCAUGAAAGCCACACACUCUGCAGAAGGUCACCCCUCCCUGGCUCCCUCUGUGUCCCUGCCUCAGCCUUCCCUCUGCCGCAAGGAAACUAUGUAGCCAUUCUGGGGUUUGUUUGUUACGUAGACUGUUUAGUGGAGUCAGAUGCUGUUGAAUGGGUUAGAUGUGGCCUGCACCAGCUAUUGCCAGGCAGAACUCAAGUCCAUAGUGUAGUUUAAUCCUCUGGAAAACACGGUGCCAAAUAUUUACAGAUGAGGGGGCCAGAGUUGAAGAGGUCCGGCCACCUGCCCAGAGACACGCCGUGGAUGAGAGUGGGAGCUGGGAGGCUGUGGUGACUGCGCGCGCGCGCGUGUCCUCCACAGAGAACCAGCCAUGCCGGUGCAGCGAGAGACACCCCUUCCCCGAAGAGGUCCCCAGCCUACGGAGGACCGUGGCACAUGGCAUGCUGGCUGGGAGCCCUGCCGUCUGCCCGGCCUUCUGAGCCGGAAGCUCCCCAAAACCCGUCCAGGUCUUCUUGGUCACUAACUGGAUAAGUGCCUGAUGCGGCAUGGGGUGCCUAGAGAGUGAGGCCCUAGGAAGGGGCACCGUUCGUAUUGGAGUGGAGUUGGGAUGGUUUGGUGGCACUGCUUCCCAUUCCGUCGCUGUCACUUGACAAGCGUGCUGUGCAGACUUGAACCAAUCCAUCAGCGCCUCAAGGGCGGAGGCAGUGGAAAGUGGCCCGGUGCCAGGAGGAGCUGGGGUGGAGAGAAAGGAGAGGUGGCAGGAGUGGCCUGGUGCUGCCUUCCUCCCUGCGCUCACGCCAGCCUCUCACGGCCGCUGCUCCUUCCUUUGCAACCUGUUUGUUGCCUGCCAAGGGAAGUCGCCUUUAAAGAAAAAAAAACAAAACAAACGUUCUCUCCUUCUCCUCAUUCCAUAAUGGUGUCUUCAUGGCAGGAAUCGGCAGAACGGUGGUGGGUGCAGCUGGGGACCCGUGUGCCCCCUCGUGUCUUUUCACAGAGGGCCAAGGUGCCCUCGCUCAGGGAUGCCGAGGUUGGGGGGACAGCUCCUAAUCUUGGUCCCUCUGACCUCUUUCUGCCAAUCAGGCUCUUCUCCCCAGUGUCCAGGCCAAGCUCGGAUGCUAAUCAUAACUCUUGGCUCCUGGACCAGAUGACUGCCCAAGUCUGUCGAGGGAGACUCAAGCUCUCCUGUGCUUGCCCCUAGGGCCAGACCGAAAGCCGGAGACCACAUGGCAAGUCUGCGUUUUGCAAGCCGGGUCUCUCCCAGAACUGGGUGUUCAGCGGGCAGCCACCACAAUUCCUGGUCUGUUCUACAGAAACCAGACGCUCUUCCGUCUCCCCGGCUGACCCCUUCUCUUGGCCACCUUCCCUCUUCAUCCCUAUCCCACAUCCUUGCCCCCUUCUCUCCACUGCUGGAAAAAAGGGUUAAAACCCAGAGCCAGGGUGUAGCUUAGCAGCUCCCACUGGAAACAGGUUGGUGCUUGUAAAGUGCUUUUCAUGACUGACUUCACACAUCUUGGCACUUCCAGAAGCAUCACCCACCUGUGGAAGAAAAGGGUGGGGUCGUUGAGAAAUAAGGGCAGAUGAGCCUCUUAUAUACAGCAGCAAAGCGCCUGCUCUGUCUGUCAUCUAAAUCACGUCAUUUGCCCCGUGCAGCAUGACCCACAGCCAAGGGUCAGGGAAGUCACUUUUGAAGAACUUUUCCUUGGAGGUUAAAAAAAAAAGAAGAAGAAGAAAGUAAGAAAGACCCCCAACUAUUUCAAUAGCCGCUUCUAGAAGAGGAAUGGGUCAGGUGCUCAGAGGUCCUUGUCCCAAGGUGACAACUAAAGGAGACAUGUAAGAGGCAGCUUGUCGCCUCCUGCCAGGGAAGUUCCACCUCCCUCCUUGAACCUCUGGCUCAGACUAGACGCUUGAAGAAAAGCUGCCAUCCAAGAAGACGACAUGCUUUCAGCACCCCCCCACCCCGUAUGGGAACGUUCACAGCUGGAUGAACAGCGAGAGGGUCCGCAUGUGUGGGAUCAGCAACGACAGGAAAAUUCCUGUAAACGAAGGUGACACUUCAAAGGCCGUACUGGAACUAAGGGAAGAAAACCCCUUGAAUCACAACGUGGUGGACGCGACCACGGCCCAUCGGAUCGAUGGCCUGGCAGCGCUGAGCAUGGACCGCAUGCACCGGCCUGAUCCGGGAAGGGCUGCGUGUCCCCGGAAACAUCGUCUAUUCUAGCUCGUGUGGACUGGGCUCAGAGAAAGGGCGGGAGGCUGCCACAACCAUAGGUGGUCUGGGGUUUUCUUCCGAAAGAAACCCAGAGAUGCAGUUCAAACCGAAUACACCCGAGACGAUGGAGGCCUCCGCUGUCUCCGGAAAGCCCCCAAAAGGCUUCAGUGCUAUAUACAAAGCGCCCCCCGGAAUACGAAAAAGUGCUGUCCCCACGGCAGAAACACUGGGCUUGGACAGACCUGCCAGCGACAAACAGAGCCCGCUCAACAUCAAUGGUGCUAGUUACCUGCGGCUGCCCUGGGCCAAUCCCUACAUGGAGGGGGCCAUGCCAGCCAUCUACCCUUUCCUCGACUCGCCAAAGAAGUAUUCCCUGAACACGUACAAGGCCUUGCUACCUCAGCAGUCCUACGGCGUGGCCCAGCCGCUGUAUUCUCCGGUCUGUACCAAUGGGGAGCGAUUUCUCUACCUGCCGCCACCUCACCACAUCAGUCCCCACAUCCCAUCAUCCCUGGCCUCGCCCAUGAGACUCUCAACGCCUUUGGCCUCACCCGCCAUCUCGCCUCUGGUCCACUGCGCGGACAAAAGCCUGCCCUGGAAGAUGGGCGUCAGUCCUGGGAACCCGGUCGAUUCCCACUCGUAUCCCCACAUCCAGAACAGUAAGCAGCCUAGGGUGCCCUCUGCCAAGGCGGUCACCAGCGGCCUGCCGGGGGACACGGCUCUCCUGUUGCCCCCCUCGCCUCGGCCUUCACCCCGCGUCCACCUUCCCUCCCAGCCCGCUGCGGACACCUACUCCGCGUUCCAUAAGCACUGUGCCAGGAUCUCCACCGCGCCCUCGGUCACCCUGUCGAAGCCAUACAUGACGGUCAGCAGCGAGUUCCCCGCGGCCAGGCUCUGCAGCAGCAAGUAUCCAAAGGCUCCAGAAGGAGCCGAAAGCACCCAGCCAGCUCCCGGGCACACCCGGAAAACAGCAGGCGAAGACAGAAAAGAUGGCAGCUCACCUCCUCUCUUGGAGAAGCAGACGGUUACCAAAGGCGUCACCGAUAAGCCACUAGACUUGUCCUCUAAAGUGGUGGAUGUAGAUGCUUCCAAAGCUGACCACAUGGAAAAGGUGGCUCCCACCGUCCUGGUUCACAGCAGAGCUGGAAGCGGCCUAGUGCUCUCCGGAAGUGAGAUUCCGAAAGAAACUCUGUCUCCUCCAGGAAAUGGCUGUGCUAUCUAUAGAUCUGAGGUCAUUAGCACGGCUCCCUCGUCCUGGGUGGUGCCCGGGCCAAGUCCUAACGAAGAGAACAAUGGCAAAGGCCUGCCGCUGAAAAACAAGGCCUUGGACUGGGCCAUCCCGCAGCAGCGCAGUUCUUCAUGUCCCCGCAUGGGCGCCGCCGACGCCGUGGUCACUAACGUUUCGGGGUCGGUGUCGAGCGCCGGCCGCCCAGCCUCUGCGUCGCCAGCCCCAAAUGCCACCGCCGAGGGCAGCGAGACCAGCAGGAGCUCCGUGGAUACCACGCCAUCCGUCAUCCAGCACGUGGGCCAGCCCCCGGCCACACCUGCCAAGCACAGCGGCGGCACCGGCAGCAAGGGCGCCAAAGCCAGCAACCCAGAGCCGAGCUUCAAAGCGAAUGAGAAUGGCCUCCCGCCGAGCUCAGUAUUUCUCUCACCAAACGAGGCGUUCAGGUCCCCACCAAUCCCCUACCCCAGGAGUUACCUGCCUUACCCAGCGCCCGAGGGCAUUGCCAUAAGUCCCCUCUCCUUACACGGCAAAGGCCCUGUCUACCCUCAUCCGGUGUUGCCCAAUGGCAGUCUCUUUCCUGGGCACCUCGCCCCAAAGCCGGGACUGCCCUACGGGCUACCCACGGGCGGGCCGGAGUUUGUGACCUACCAGGACGCGCUGGGGUUGGGCAUGGUGCAUCCCAUGUUGAUACCUCACACGCCCAUCGAGAUCACUAAAGAGGAGAAACCGGAGAGGAGGUACCGGUCCCACGAGAGGACCCGCUACGAGGACCCAGGCCUCUGGAACCGGUUUUCUGAGAUGCUGGAAGCCGGCAGCACCAAGUUACAUCCAAAAGUCCCCGCGGACAAGAACCUAAAGCCCAGCCCCAGCUGAAAUCAAGGGAAGACCGUCGUCAAGAGUGACAAGCUUGUCUAUGUAGACCUCCUCCGGGAAGAGCCAGAUGCGAAAACCGACGCUAACGUGUCCAAACCCGGCUUCACAGCUGAGAGUGUCAGCCAGAGUGCCGAGCCCACCAAACCCCCGCCUGACCCGGCUCUACAGCCACACCGGGAUUUCAUUGCCCUGAGAGAGGAGUUGGGGCGCAUCAGUGACUUCCACGAAGCCUAUACUUUCAAAGAGGCUCCGGGCCAGCCAGUCUCAGGCUUAAGCAAGGAGAAUGUUCCAGUGGUAACCAACAAGAACCUGGCGACGCCGGUCUCGACUCCAUUCCUGGAGCCGACCCUGGGGAGCGACAGCUCUGCGGUCACUUUCGGGAAAACCCAAGAGGAUCCCAAACCAUUUUGCAUGGGCAGUGCCCCACCGAGUGUGGACGUCACCCCCACCUACACCAAAGACGGAGCUGACGAGGCAGGAUCAACCGAUGGCAAAGUUCUGAACCCGAAGCCAUCUAAGCUGGCAAAGAGAAUCGCAAACUCCGCUGGUUACGUGGGUGACCGGUUCAAGCGUGUCGCUACCGGACUGUACGCAGACUCCAGUCAGCUCGGCCGGGAGCAGCGGGCGUUGCAGCGUGCAGUGAUGCGCUUCUCAGAGUUGGAGAUGAAAGAGCGAGAACGUGGCCACCCCACAACCAAAGACUCUGAGGUGCGCAAAUUCAGCCCCGCUGACUGGGAAAGGCUGAAAGGAAGUCGGGACAAAAAGCCAAAGUCAGUCGCCCCGGAGGAGGCCAUUGCCGACCAGAACGACAGUGAGAGAUUGUGCGUGCUUGUGGCCUGUGGCCUGCAGCCUGCUCCGGACCCCAGAAACCUCACGGGUGAUGGGGAGUGUUAUGAUGGAAGCAAACCUGACCCCUUCAAAGCCCCAGAAGACAGUGAUCUUCCUGAGGACAUGGACACGGAGCCCCCCAGAGAGUCCCCCACCGACCAGGCGGCCCUGGACGCGUCACGCAGCCCCACCCUCCGGCUGAACAGAAAGCGCAAGGUCUCUGGCAAUAGGAACCACACUGAGACCACUGUGCUCCCGGAGGACUCUCUGCUGAAAGCCAAGCGGAGACGGGUCUGCAAAGGGCUCCAUCCCAGAAAGCAGCGCCGCUUGCUGCACCUUAGAGAACGGCGGGAGCAGAGGAAACCUGGCCGGCAGGGCAGGAAGGAAGUGACCCAGGCGGUUCAGCCUGCGGUCACCCCCCAGGGCAAUAGCAUCUCCGAAGAGAAACCUGGCAGGAAAAGGGCAGAGGCCAAAAGCAACAGCAGCUGGUUGGAGGAGUCCCUUAAAUGCAGUGACAAUGAACAAGAUGUGCUGUGCAUGGACGAAGAAAUGGAUCGGCAGCCUUCGCCCCUGCCGCAGAAAUACACCGACAACAGCGAGAAGCCAUCCGGGAAGCGACCGUGCAAAACCAAGCAUUUGAUCCCUCAGGAGCCCAGGCGGGGCUUGCCGCUGCCAGGGGACUCCUAAGUGGACAAUGCGGAUGGCAAGGUACCUCUUGCCCCUGGCUCUCCCCCGCCCCCCGGUUGCUCUUCGGAGUUCUCUGGCAGCUGUGUGUGUGAACCAAAUGAUGAAAGUGGUUACGAUGUUUUAGCAAAUCCCCCACGACCGGAGGACCAGGAUGACAGCAACGAGGCCUAUGGUGACCUAUUGGAAUUUGAAUUUUCCGAAGACCCCCUUUUGCCGUGUUAUAACGUCCAGGCCUCGUAACUGGCUGUUGCUCUCAGACCUGCUCAAGAAACUGCAAAUGUCCUCCUGCAUAUUCCGCUGCA